GUUUAUGGGACUUGUUUUUUUUUUUCUGAUUUGUUGUCUCACUAUAUUCAUUUGCUUACGUCAUCGCACUUCGAAUACUCAAAACGAUGAACAUAAUGAAUUAGAACACGUUCAUCGCGACAUUGAAAACGACGCUGCAGAACGUCGAAACAUCGAAGAACGGCGAGAAAGAACAUUGACAUUAAUACAGUUGUUCAAGAAAGUUGUUUAUAGUAAGAACAACAAGGUGUCGAGUACUGGUGAGGAAGAUGAUGACGUGUGCCCUAUUUGCAUAGAGAAAUUCAACGAUGAUAACGAGUGUGUGGUGCUUCCUUGCAGUCAUAUGUUUCAUAAACUGUGCCUGCAAAAUUGGCUGAAUAAAAAUACUUUAUGCCCUAUUCGUCGAGCUGCAAAAUUGGAGAUUCAUCUUGCAAAUCAAGUUUAAUGGGAUUUGACAAAUAUUUCAAAACCCUAACUCUAAUGGGAUUUGGCAAAUAUUUCAAAACCCUAAUUCGAUUAUUAACUUAGUUUGGGUAGUGAAUAUGAGUAAUGAACGGGGUUUUAAAUUUUAAUUAGUGCUAAAUGUUUGACGAGAGACUAGCUAG